AUGCUCCCCUUCUCUCGGCCAUGGGGCCAGGGACUCCCAAUACUUCAAGCUACCUAUAACACCACCGUAAGAGCGAGCGCAAUCCCACCAUUCCAUACCCUCUCUCGCAAAUACUACGUGGGCAUAGUACGAGCAAUUGUGUCGAAACAUGUUGAGAGCAUCUCCGAUACCCUCAGCCCAAUCCUGCCACCUAACCUACGAAGUCGAGUCGAUCACGCAAAGUCCGAAAGCACCUCCAGAGCAAACGGCUCACGUACACCCAAUACCAACAAGAAAAAGCCAAUUGAGCUAGAGGAUGAUGUUUCAACUACAGAAAGUCAAAGGGGACUUGAUGCUGAGACGGAUAUCCAGAAUCAAGUCCGGCGGUUGAUGAGAUUAGUACCUCAUCCCGUUGCGAUAGUUACUUCGACUGACCCUAAUUCUCCGCCCACUUCUGCUUUUAGGGGCAUGACGGUGUCGUCAUUCAAUACAGUAACACUGAGCCCAAAGCCGGUGAUAUCAUUUAACGUCAAAUUACCAUCAGAGACGCACAACGCCAUCCGUUUCUCGUCCCGGUUCCUCGUCCAUCUACUCUCUCCUACGGAAGCUAUGGCAAGAUUGGCUCUAGAGUUUUCGAAAGGAUAUGAAAACGUAGCUAAAAAUAAGGAUGAGCAGCAAGCUUCCUUUUUUCGAUUCACUGCUCCCGGUGAUGUUGAAGCAUCACCUUCUUUCCAGAGCGGUGAGCCGCCACGUUUGGUGAUAAAUGGAGCGAAAGCAGGAGAAGAUUCUCAUUUCCCAUUUAUAUUCGAGUGCCAGUGCCUACCACAGACUACGCGAAUUGGAGACCAUGUGAUCAUAUUCGGAACGGUUGUGAAUGUCUUUUCAGAUCAGUCUGUGAAUUUAAACACUGCCCAUUCAGCGAGAGAACUGUGUCUUUCAUAUGCUGACACCAGAUUCUGGGAGAUGGGUGAUGUCAUCCUACCUAGCUCCCUGUCUAAGUAA